CCCCCAGGGAGCAGCCGGAUGCCGGGGGGAGCGCUCGCGGGCUGGGCGGUGCGCGCGUGCGAGCCCUCCCGGGAGCACAGAGCAGCAGCCGGGCCGGGCGGGAGUGCUGCCGGCUACCUGGGCCGGGGCACCACGUGAGCGCCACAUCAGCGGGGCUCCUCAGGCUGGAAAGUCACCCAAAGGAAGCGGGCUCCGAGCCAGUCGCCGCUGGGGGAGGCCGCGGGCGAGUCCACCCUUUCCCGCCGGUGCAUCAGUCCCCUGGCGGGGCGGAGCCGCUUUGCAGCCGAGCGACCCCAGCCCGCAAGCGCCGCUUCAGCCCGGCGCCCUCCCGGCCGGGGCGCGGGGCCAGCUCUGUCUGCGGCGCCGGGCGCUGCAGGGCGGCGGCGGAAGAUGCUGCAGUCCCUGGCCGGCUGCUCCUGCGUGCGGCUGGGGGAGCGGCACCGCUCGGCCUGGUGCUUCGCCUUCCUGGUGCUGGGCUACCUGCUCUACCUGGUCUUCGGCGCCGUGGUCUUCUCCUCGGUGGAGCUGCCCUACGAGGACCUGCUGCGCCAGGAGCUGCGCAAGCUGAAGCGGCGCUUCCUGGAGGAGCACGAGUGCCUGUCGGAGCACCAGCUGGAGCAGUUCCUGCAGCGGGCGCUGGAGGCCAGCAACUACGGCGUGUCCGUGCUCGGCAACGCCUCGGGCAACUGGAACUGGGACUUCACCUCCGCGCUCUUCUUCGCCAGCACCGUGCUCUCCACCACGGGUUAUGGUCACACAGUGCCUUUGUCGGAUGGAGGAAAGGCCUUCUGUAUUAUAUACUCAGUCAUCGGAAUCCCCUUUACACUGCUUUUCCUGACAGCUGUGGUGCAGCGCAUCAUAGUCUACGUCACCAGACGGCCUAUACUGUAUUUUCACAUUCGCUGGGGCUUCUCCAAGCAGAUUGUCGCCAUCAUCCAUGCAGUGAUUCUUGGGUUUGUUACCGUCUCAUGCUUUUUCUUUAUCCCAGCAGCAGUAUUUUCUGUUGUGGAAGAUGACUGGAACUUUUUGGAAUCUUUUUAUUUUUGUUUCAUUUCCCUGAGCACCAUUGGUCUUGGAGACUAUGUUCCAGGAGAAGGUUACAACCAAAAAUUCAGAGAGCUGUAUAAGAUAGGAAUUACAUGUUACCUGUUGCUGGGCCUCAUUGCCAUGUUGGUGGUUCUAGAAACUUUCUGUGAACUGCAUGAGCUCAAAAAGUUCAGAAAAAUGUUUUAUGUGAAGAAAGACAAGGAAGAGGACCAAGUGCAUAUAAUGGAACAUGACCAGCUUUCCUUCUCUUCAAUUUCAGACCACGCAGCUUCCAUGAAGGAGGAUCAAAAAGCAAAUGAGCCUUUUGUGACAGUUCAGCCUGCCACUUACUAUGAUGGCUGUAUAAACAAUUAAUACAAGGGCAUCCAUACCAAUAUUAUAGUGCACUUACAUCAUUAAGUAAGACAUAGAAUGCCUCUUUAUUUCUUUGUGUAAAAAACAUGUACAGAAGAAGAUUGUGCUUCUUUAAUAAGUAUUCAUCAUUUCAGAGGUUAAGAAGACUUCUGACGUGAAUUAAAGUUGCUAAAAUGGAGCUACACUGGGAGAAUGAGAGGGUAUGUAGCCACCCAUGGAAGUACUGUGCCUGAAGAGAUCAGGAGGAAGCAAUGGUGUGAAGGGAGGGCAGGCAUGCACUGGUAACUCCCUGCAACAUCCUUGGGAUGGGAGUAAUCUGCUCUCCUGCAGGGUAGCCCUACUCCGGCUGGUAGUACGUUUAUGCACAUGCCUGGUCAGUUACCUGCCCUAUCAGCAGUGUGCACUGAAACAGAGGUAGCCAGCUUCUCCAACAUGCUUACCCUAACAGUUGUUCUAAUUUCCUCUUUUUCAAGCUAAACAGCCUCCUAGUUUAGGCCCAGUCUUUCCCCCUUGUUCAGUCUUAGAUGUUUCCAGCAGGCACCUAGCUGGUGAGUGGGGAGGGGGGGGUGUCUCCUGGCAUCUGGCCACUCCCUCUAUUGUUUGGUUUUUCUCCCUUUAUAACCCUCUUACAAAGAAUUCCAACCUUGUGCAUUAAGUUCCAAUUUUUCUCACCUUGAGCGGAAAUGGGUUACAGCAUCACAUGGCCUGGCCCCAUGUCUUUGUAGGACCAGCCACACAUUUGUGCUUAAAGGAAAAACAAAACUAUUCACAAGUUGUUAAAUUAAUCACCGAGCCAUUAAGUUCCUAAAGUAUCAUUAAUGGCUUUUACUAGAACAGCUGGACUAAUAAAACUGGUUCCCACUUAAUAUUUUGAACUUCACAUACAAGAAAGAUACAUGAACAAAAAUAGAAUAUACACAUUCAGGGGAUCAUAGCCUUUUGAAUGAUAGGUUAUGGGCCUGUUUUGCAUAAACUGUCUUCAGGUUUUGCAUACUUAUAAGCCAGUUUUCAUAAAGCAUGGGUCCGUGACAGUAGGAAUCGCUGAAUGAAAUUCAACAACCUAUGUUAUGCAAGCAGUCAGACUAAAUGAUCAUAGUGGUCUCUAUUGGCCUUAAAGUUUGCAAAAUGGGAGUUUCACAACUGACUUCUACGGACAUAAGAUCUAGAUCCUGUAGCACAAGUAGGCAUAUUAAGAUUUCCUCCCACAUAAGAGCAGUGCUAGGAAAGCCCUCUCCACUGCAUUGCAUGCAUGCUAGAUUGGGCAUAACUUGGCCUUUAGUGUUCAGAGAUUCAUAUCUUACUGUAAUAGAACAGCAACAUUAAAGUGUCUAGAUUUAGCUGACAUGAGACGUAUACUUGACCUUAAUUACCUGAAAGAUGCCAUCUGUGAGUUCAGUUCUAGCUAGUAUUAGACAGAUUUUAUACCUUUUUGGAAAAACUUUGCUUUAUGGUUAAGUCUAUAUGACUAAAACUUACAUUUAAGAAACAGAGCUAAGGACUUUUUGGUGGCGUAGCUAAACUGAAACCUACUGUGUUUGCAUGAUCUCAACAAAGUGGCUAUUUUUGUACAGCCCUAAGUUAAAGUUCCUAUUUAUAAUGAACAUUUAACUAGUAUAUGUGUACAUAUAUAUAAAUAUAUUUCUAUAUUGUACAUAUAUUGUACCCACCACAGUGUAACUGACUUGGGAAUGACAUUUUAGGGAAACUUUCCCUCCCCCAGAUUGCUCUUUAUAAAAGGAAUGACUCAACACUAAAGAUGUUGACUUUAAGAUGUAAGGGUAGUGUACAAGGAACACUUCUACUGUUUUCCAGUAAAGAUUUUGAAGUUGAUUGUCUUCAGUACUAGAAAACACAUGAUUUUCUGUCUAUUUUAAUGUAUUACUAAGCUGUAAAGAACAUGACAGUCACUGAAACUAAGUGGAAUUCAAUAUAUGCACAAAUUGCAAAGUACAGACACUUGAUAAAGCACAGAAUUCAAAACAGAAGAAAAGCUGAACAUUCUACUGUGGUAUAUAUGAAUAUACAAUAUUUUAAAUUAACAAAGUUAAAUAAAAAGUGUGUGGCUUCUGGCUGCCUAUACUUCACUGUGCUCAAUGUUUUCUUUAAAACUUAGAUACUGUACAUAGAUGACAUUGGGAAAAAAUGCUCUCCUAAAGCUAGAUUGUGCCAGCCUUACCCUGGUGAACAUUUACUCAACUUCAGUGGGACUGUUCAUUUUGAAUAUGCUUUGCCAAUAUGAGUAAUGAAUGUACAAUCUAGUCCUAUGCUGAUUAUUCCUAUAGAAUAACAUUUAAUAUUUGAAAUAAAAAUAAACAUUUAGAAUAACAGCAAAUAAAGGACAGUAAUGACAUUUAUUUUAGUGUCUCAAUAACUGGUCUGCUAAUUGGGGUUAAUGCAAAACUGAUCAUUUCCGAGUAUCAUUAGUGGCUGUAGAAUUAAGUUCUAAUUCCUACAAGUGUCAAAUAGUCAUGUGAAACCAAAACUCAAAUAAUGCAUGAGGCUAACAUGGCUAAGAUGGGCUCUAGAUUAGAAAAACAGCAAAAGGAUCCUUUGAAUCAAGGCUUGUAUAAAUUGUAAAUGUGUUCCUGAAGCUAAUCAGAAGUCAGGCUGGCAGGUAUAAAUUGACAUAAAGAGCAAGGGUCUGCAAGCAUAAAUGAAUGACCUGUAGAAGUAUAGAUAGAAGUCUCAAGAGAAGGGGUUGCAAGAAGCAAAUACUUUAUUCUCUAGAGAAGAAAAUAAGGUCCCCUGGCUGUAGUCUUGCACCUACUGUAGACUUUCCCCUGACUUCCGUGUGCACAUGCCUGUGCCUUGCUUAUAAUUUGAAAGCCUUACUUAUGUGCAGAAAAAAACAUUCAUCUUCCUGUUUGUCUCUAGGAGCACUAUUGUCAGGCUAGUCUGCUCUGCUGCCACUUUUGUUAGGAGAAGUCUUAAGCAAAGCCAUUUGUGUUAGUGAGCCUUAAAUGUCCCAGGACUAUGGUUCUUCCUGAUCUCUAGUGUAGGGGAGUCCCACAGCCAGACUCAUUCUUCUGCAAUCCUUCUGUCUCAUCCCCAAAGAACUCACUGGAGAUUCUGGGGCAGAUUGUGUGCUGAGUACAGUUGUUGCAGAAAGAGAGAAGCAGGUUCUGGGGCUGUUAAAUUAUAACCCAUUAAAAGUAUAAAGAUUAGAACUGGGACCUUAACAGGUAUCUAGCUAGACAUUAACACCAGAGCCAUUGCUACAGUCUCUGAUAGGGCUAGAGACCAGUGCACCAGUGUGAUGUGCUUUUGUCUGUGUCCCAUGUGAGAAAUCGGCUGCUGCACACAGAAUUACAUGGAUGCACCACUCUUUCAAAGUUAAUCCUAGGUACAAUGCUUGCUGUAACAGCCAAUGUAUGCCAAAGGCACAGAUUACUAGGUGGAAGUCCCAAAUGAGAGGUCCCCUGGCCAGCUGGAGAGGAGGAAAAGGACUUAGUCACUGUUAUUACCUAGCUGUUGGAACAGUCUGUAUACCACUUUCACUGAACUGAAAUCUCACUCCUCCAUAUGAUUAACAAUACCCAUAUUUGAAUAAUGAAGGCUUUGUUAUAAAGUCAUCAAUUGAAAUGUUAGGUGCCCGGUCCCUAAAUGCAACACCCAAAUUUUGGCCCCACUGAACUCAACAAUAAAACUCACUGACUUCUCUAGGAUGAAAAUUUGACCCUAAAUUCCAGAUUCUGCUCUGUGUUAAAUCUGAAGUAACUCAAAUAAUGAUAAUGGCAUUAUUUCAAAGCAACACUGUUCUAAAAAGAGUUUGGUUCUCACUCCAUGUAAACUUAGACUAGUCAUGGUUACUAUCAUAAUAUGCUUUUACAUAAGAUGCUACUAAACAAAAACAGUGUGUAGCUUCAAUUUACAAUUUCCAUCAAAUUUGUUUCACUUGGAAAUAGUGAUUUCUAAUUGCAGUAGGUUCACCUUGACUUGGUCUGUAAACUCACAUGCUAUCUAAUGCAAAUUCCAGUUGUUGAUGUCAGAGUGCUUUUUAUCCUUUGGGUCUUCUUUUACUAGGGAAGAUUUCUUGGUCCAAUUAUACUGAAAUAACAUGUUUCUGCUGAUGAUUAGUUCCAUUGAACAAUGUGAUUUUAGUCCUCAUGAUCCAUACGGCACACAUCUAACCAACAAAGAGAGACUAUUGUGUACCAUAGAGGUUUUGGUUAAAUGACAGACUGAAUAAGAGAGGCAGAGUAAGGAUUGUAAUAUGGAAAAGCUGACAAUCAUCCAAUGAAUGGCACAAUGUGAAGGCUUAUUAUGAUGGCGAGCAUAAAUCAGAAGGAUAAUGAAUGUCAUGGUGACAUGCUGACAUUUUGCAAAGUGCAGCUCAUGGUUUUAGCCUCAGCAAUUACAUGUCUUCAUUCCAGUGAGGGAGCAGGAAAGCUAUUGCUAACUAUUACCUGAAACUAAAUGCAAUGGAAUCCUUAGAUUGUGAAUUUUUUUAUAGAAUAACUUCACUAUAAAAUCAGGUUCACUGUACCUGGAACUGCCAUGUAUCUAGUAGGUCACUGAAAAAAAUUGGAACUUCAUCCUAAUCAGAGUUACACAGUUUUCGUGUUCUUUAGAGGGAAAUGAUUCAGGUUGGACCUCCCUGGUCCGGCACCCUCAGAACCUGACUAGUCCCAGAUGAGGGAUUUUUGCCAGACCAGGGGAAGUCAUUUUUAGACCCCUGCCACCGGCCCCCUUGGCUCAGCUGCUGGCUUCCCAGCCAGCUCCCCACCUUCUCCUGGCCCCGCUGCCCUGCUGGGUAGCCAUCGCUGUCAUGGACAGCCUAGCACUAGGUCUCCAAGCAGCCACGUGUGCCUCGCUGGGACUCCGUGAGCAGUCCUGUGCGCCAUGCACUGGGGCUCACUGGACAGCCACAUAUGCGCCGGGGCUCCAAGCUCUGCUGGGCAGCCCUACUGCCAUGCGCUGGGCUGCUCUGCCAUCAGUUCCCUGUGGGCAGCCCCCGCCGCCCCAUCCGGAGGGAUCCCUCCACCCUCCACUGAGACUCUGUGGCCCUGCAAGAUCCAUGCCAGAUCAUGGAUGUUGCUGGACCAGAGAAUUCUGGUUCAAAGCAUUUCAGCCUGUGGUGUUAAAUGUGGUAAACAAAAGAAUUUUGUAUAAAUGUUUCUACAUUAAGUUUAGGGGAUAAAUGAACACAUUGCAAGAAGGAGAAUUAAGCCUUGCAUCCAAAGGUUCUAAUUUGGUCAUACUUUUUAACCUAUUGGUUUACUUCAUUUGGAGCAGAUAAUAUUUUUAGAUUCUUAUUUUCAUCUACAAGGAUCAGGGUGAUUCAUUGAACAAUGCAUCAGACACCCCCAUGCCUUCUAAAGUGAAAAAGCCACUGCUGGGAGGAGGAGGGUUCACAUAGAGAAGCUGAACAUUAAAGGCCCAGUUUUGUGUUCUAUUAUGCAGGUGCAACACUCACGGAUCGCAACACAGCCCAGAAUUGGUUCUAAUUUUCUUUUUAUUCAAUGUACUACAGAUUUGGAAAUCUGGGGACCUGGUUUCUGUUCCCAGCGCUGCCACUGACUGCCUGUGUGAUCUUAAUCAAGCUACAUAAUCUUUCUCUACAUCAAUUUCCCCAUUUGUAAAAUGCAAAUAAAGAUACUUGCAGUGGAUGAAAAGCACUGA